UCACACUCUUCUUCUGCACAAAACCUCCACAUCUCAUCUUCUUCAAUCGUCUAGGGUUUCAAACUCCUCACACAGUAUAAAAUUUGAUUUCUGUCACGAUUCUCCAGAAACUCAAUAAAGGACUUAAUAGACGAAACAACGACCAGAAGAAGAAGAAGCUGGUGGUGGUGGUGGUAGUGGUAGAGAGGAACUUUGACCUCAAAUUCUGGACACAAUCGGACCUUUUAGAAUUGUGGAAAUGGUUGAGAUUGGACGGAGUUGAAAACCCUAGGGGGAGGACUAUGGAGAGGUCUAGAUCCAAGAGAUCUUACUACUAUGACCACCAGGACUAUGACACCGAGACCGUCGGCCGGACUCGGCCGAGGUACAACCACCACUACUCCAACACCAGAGACCGCCACAACAACAACAACAACCGUCGGGCGGCGGCGGUGAAGCAGCAGCAGGGGCAGCAGGGGCAGGAGUCGGCGUCGGUGACGACGUCGUACAGGAUACUGUGCCACGAUAUGAAGGCGGGAGGGGUGAUAGGGAAGUCCGGGAGUAUAAUCAAGUCGAUUCGGCAGCACACCGGCGCGUGGAUCAACGUGCACGAGCUCGUCGCCGGCGACGAGGAGCGGAUCAUCGAGAUUUCCGACCAGCGGCGGCGCGACCCCGAGGGGAGAAUGCCGGCGUUCUCGCCGGCGCAGGAGGCGCUGUUCCUGAUCCACGAGCGGAUUCUGGACAGCGAGGUCGCCGGCGCGGAGGAGGACGACGAGUACGGCGGCGGCGGAGGCGGCGGAGGAGGGAGAGGGACACGUGUCGCGACGAGGCUAGUGGUGUCGAGAAUGCAUGUGGGGAGUUUGCUGGGGAAAGGAGGGAAGAUAAUAGAGCAAAUGAGGAUGGAGACAAAGACUCAGAUUAGGGUUUUGCCGAGGGAUCAUAAUCUGCCUCGCUGUGUUUCCAUGUCUGAGGAGAUUGUUCAGGUAGUAGGCGAUCCGAAUAAUGUAAAGGCUGCUGUGGAAGUUAUUUCAUCUCGCUUGAGGGAGAGUCAGCACCGUGACCGCGGAAAUAAUUUCCAUGGACGAGCACAUUCACCAGAACGGUUCUUUCCUCCUGAUGAUGAUUAUAUUCCUCACAUGAACAAUGCUGGACGUAAGUCAUCCAUGGAUGGGUCUGGUUACGGGUCAAGAUUAUCCGGUCCCAAUGCGAGAAACAGCAACUAUGGCUCGCGUUCAUCUGGUUAUAUGAUAGAAUCAGGGUCUGCUCCGAUGGAUGAUAAUGUGCAGCCCUUUUAUGGAGAAGACCUUGUGUUUCGAAUGCUUUGUCCAGUUGAUAAAGUUGAUCUUGUCCUCGGAGAGUCUGAUGGAAUUAUAGAUUUGCUUCAAAAUGAGAUUGGUGUGGAUGUCAGGGCUACUGAACCUGUGGCCGGAGCAGAUGAACAGAUGAUCAUAAUUUCUUCUGAGGAGGGCCCUGAUGAUGAGCUGUUUCCGGCUCAGGAAGCUUUACUGCAUAUCCAAACUCGUAUUGUUGAUCUUAUUCCAGAUGGAGACAAUAUUAUAACUACCAGGUUACUCGUUUCAUCAAGUGAUAUUGGAUGCUUGGAGGGAAGAGACGGGUCUUUAUCAGACAUGAUGCGACAUACUGGUGCAAAUAUACAAAUUCUGCCCAGAGAAGAACUUCCUCCUUGUGUAUCAGGGAAUGAUAUGCUUUUACAGAUAGUAGGAGAAAUAAAAGUAGCUAGAGAUGCUCUUGUUGAGGUGACAUCAAGACUAAGGAGUCACGUAUACAGGGAGUUGUUUCAAAAGGAUAACAUGACGCUUUCAGCCCCUGCCCCUGCAAGCAGUGCUCUAGAUUACAUUAAUCCUAUUCGUCAAGCUCGUACUGGAAAUGGCCCUUCUAUAGCUACGUAUCAAAAUGUGCAAACUGCUCAGCCAUCAAAGGACUCUGGAGUGGUUGUCAAUGAAGCAACAAAGCUGAAUGAAAGUGAAAAACGUGAAGAUGUUCCUACGGGGCUGAAUAGUAGAAUACCUGUGACACUUGUCACUCGGAGUAUACUUGAAGUUGUCAUACCCGAGAAGGCUGUUUCAAAGCUCAUAACAAAAUCGAAAAACAUGCUUGCUCAGAUCAGCGAGUUAUCGGGAGCCAGGGUAACCCUGGUAGAGGAUAGUCCAGAGUUAACCCAAAAGAUCAUUCAGAUUUCCGGUACUCCAGAGCAGACUGAGAGGGCUCAGAGCUUGCUCCAGGGUUUUAUAUUAAGCACACAAGAAGACGACCCUUGAACGCAGAGGAGCAUCACGGUUACCAAAUUCUGAGCUCGGCCUACUGGGGCAUUGCGGCUCGUUUCAAGACCAUAUUAUCCUGCAAGGCAGGGAGUUUUUUUUGUUCCAGAGAGGCUUGCUUCUGUAUUACUGUACCACUGUAAAUGUAGUAUCUGAAGGCGUUUUAGCUUUAGCCCCCUACCAUGUUUCAGUUUUCAUGUGUAAACUGGGCACUAGAAUCACAACCCAGUAAGACAUUGAUCUUUUAUGUUGUAUCGGACAGUGCCUCGAGUUUAUAUGGCUUUCCUCAAACACGAC